CUUCUUCUCCUGCUCCUGCAGUCUGCCACUGUCUCCCACUGUGGCACCAAUAUUGCCCACGUCUGUGCUAAUGCAGCUUAUUUGGUUCAAAUAAUGACUGAUGCUGGAGAGAGCGAUGACGAAUUUCAGUUUCUACGAAUGGGAGAUGAUGUGGUUUUGCAGAGUAUCUUCACCUCCCAGGAGGAACAUGUGAAGCUGUGCCUUGCUGCGGAGGGAUUUGGCAGCAGACUCUGCAGGCUUGAGUCCACCUCAAACUGCAAAAAUGUUCCACCAGACCUGUCUGUAUGUGGCUUUGUCUUGGCCCAGUGCCUCUCUGUUAGAGCCCUGCAGGAGAUGCUGACCCACAGCAAGCACCUUGCUGCAGAGGUGGAAGGUGGAGGAAGCCAUCGCACCCUUCUUUAUGGCCAGGCAGUGUUGUUUCUACACUCGUACAGUGGCAUGUAUCUCAGCUGCUUGUCUUCAUCUCAGUCUUCCACUGACAAACUGGCUUUUGAUGUUGGUCUGCAAGAGGAUAAAGCAGGUGAGGCAUGUUGGUGGACCGUCCACCCAGCAUCCAGACAGAGGUCAGAGGGUGAGAAAGUGCGUGUUGGCGAUGACCUGAUAUUGGUUAAUGUGUCCUCAGAGAGAUAUCUGCACCUGUCCUUUGGCUCUGUAUUUGACAACAAAAGCUUGAGUGACAGCCUGAUUGUUAAUGCAGCCUUCCAGCAGACUCUCUGGAGUGUUGCUCCCAUCUGCUCUGGAGGUGGAGUAGCUCAAGGAUACCUGAAGGGGGGCGACACAUUGCGGCUGCUCCACAGCCAUAGUGACGCAUGUCUGACUAUUCCAUCUGCAGAGCACGGAGAGGAGCUGCAAAGGAUAAUGCAUUAUGAGAUGGGAUCCGUCUCCAGCCAUGCCCGCUCACUGUGGAGGCUCGAGAUUCUGCGUGUUGUUUGGAGUGGUAGACAUACAUGCUGGGGUCAGCCUUUCCGACUGUGCCAUAUGACCACUGGGAGGUACCUGGGUCUUACAGAGGAGAAAGGCCUGCAUCUGGUUGAUCGAGACACGGCUGACAUCAACACAACUUCCUUCUGCUUUAGAUCAUCAAAGGAGAAGCUCGACACUGGCUCAAAGACUAAUUUUGAUGGCAUGGGAACUCCAGAGAUCAAGUAUGGAGACUCCAUAUGUUUUGUUCAGCAUGUAGACUCUGGGCUCUGGCUCACUUAUCAAACGGUUGAUGCCAAAUCUACACGUAUGGGAGUAGCUCAGCGAAAGGCAAUUUUGCACAGAGAGGGUCACAUGGACGAUGGGCUGACGCUGUCUCGCUGCCAGAAAGAAGAAUCUCACACAGCAAGACUCAUCCGGAGUGCUACACUCCUCUUCACUCGCUUUAUCAGGAAACUGGAUGGUUUUAGUCAACAAGGAAACCUCACAUCUGUCAGCCUGCCAAUGGAGAUGGUAACAUGUAGUCUGCAGGACCUAAUAAACUAUUUCCAGCCUCCACCAGAGGGGCUAGACCAUGAAGCAAAACAGAACAACAUGACGGCACUAAAGAAUCGGCAGCACAUGUUUCAAGAAGAGGGUGUGAUAGAUUUAGUCUUAGAUUGUAUCGACCGUCUACACCAAUUUACUAGUGCGUCUCAUUUUGCUGAGGCUGUUCAAAGUGACACAGGAGAAGAGUGGGAGACCAUCCUCAACCGUUUCUAUGAGCUACUAGCUGCUCUGCUCCGGGAAAACCGUGUAAACUGUGCACAUUUCUCAGGUUCUUUAGACUGGCUGAUUAGCAGGCUGGACAGGCUGGAGGCUUCAUCUGGAGUCUUGGAGGUUCUGCAGUGUGUUCUUGUGGAAAGUCCUGAAGCACUGAAUGCCAUUAAAGAAGGACACAUUCAUUCAAUCCUCUCUUUUCUUGACAAGCAUGGAUGCAACCACAAGGUGCUGGAGGUGCUGUGCUCUCUGUGUGUGUGCCAUGGUGUGGCGGUGCGGUCCAAUCAGAACCUCAUCUGUGACAGCCUGCUGCCAGACAGAGACUUGCUGCUCCAAACACGUCUGGCUAAUCGGGUCACAAGCAUGAGGCCAAACAUUUUCUUGGCUAUGAGGGAAGAUUCAGCCCAGCAUCGCAGGUGGUACUACGAGCUGGUUGUGGAUCACAUCGACUCCUUCCUCACAUCUGAGCCCACACACCUGCGUGUAGGCUGGGCUUGCACUGAGGGCUACCAGCCGAGGCCCACAGGAGGUGAAGGCUGGGGGAGCAACGGAGUGGGAGACGACCUCUGCUCCUACAGCUUUGAUGGGCUUCACCUCUGGUCAGGUGGUGUGGGCCGUAGAGUGAGCUCUCCCUUCCCUCACCUGCUGAAAGAUGAUGAUGUGGUCAGCUGCUGCCUCGACCUCAGUGCUCUCUGCAUCUCCUUCAGGGUGAAUGGUCUGCCUGUGCAGGGCAUGUUGGAGAACUUCAGAGCUGAGGGUCUUCUUUAUCCUGUGGUCAGCUUUUCUGCUGGAGUCAAGGUUCGUUUUCUGUUUGGAGGGCGGCAUGGAGAGUUUCGCUUCUUGCCUCCUCCUGGUUUUGCUCCAUGCUCUGACGCUCUGCUCCCACGAGUCAAGCUGAAGGUAGAGCCAUGUCAGAAAUACAUUUUGGAUCAUGGAGAAGGGAAGCAAUCUCUCAUUGGCCCCUUAGUACCUACCACUCCAGUAACCUUUACUCCCACACCAGUGGACAUCAGCAAGGUAGUAUUGCCCCCACAACUUGAGGAUAUCCGAGAAAAAGUGGCUGAGAAUAUCCAUGAAGUCUGGGCAGUGGACAGGAUUGAUCUUGGGUGGACGUAUGGACCUGCGAGAGAUGAAGUGAAGAAGCAUGAUCCCUGUCUGGUUGAGUUCUCCAAGCUGUCAGAGCAGGAGAGGAACCAGAACCUUCAGAUGGCUCAAGACACCCUUCGAACGCUCCUUGCCCUUGGUUUCCACAUUGGUUUGACUGAUGACCGCGCUGAGGAGAGAGUCAAAUACAUGAGACUUGCCACUAAGUAUGAGCAGCCCAGUGGUUACAGACCUGCCCCAGUAGAUCUGAGCCACAUUUUUCUAACCCCCGCCCACCAGGAAGUGGUGAACUUGCUAGCAGAACAUGAUCACAAUGUUUGGGCCAGAGAGCGGAUCAAGCAGGGAUGGACCUAUGGAUGCCAACAGGAUGUGAAAGCAAAGCGGAGCCCGUAUCUCGUGCCCUACGGCCUUCUUGAUGAAAGGACUAGGAGAGUGGGCAAGGAAAGUGUCAGGGAGGCUGUCUGCACCCUGCUGGCUUACGGUUAUAGCCUGGAGCCCCUCAGCCUGGAUCGGACCACAUUAUCAUAUCCAUGUCUCUUCUCUGCUGAGAAGUGCAGAGUAUUCAGACCAGAUCGGUCAUAUGCUGUAACCCAGGGGAAGUGGUACUUUGAAUUUGAAGUAGUAACAGUGGGGAGUAUGAGAGUGGGCUGGGCCCGUCCAGGCUGUACCCCUGAUAAAGAUCUUGGCGCAGAUGACCAGGCAUAUGUCUUCGAUGGAUUUGAGGCUCAGUGGUACCAUCAGGGCAUCGAGCCCCUGGGACGUCCGUGGCAGAGAGGUGAUGUGGUGGGUUGCUUGGUGGACAUGGCUGAACGCACCAUGAUGGUCACGCUCAAUGGAGAGGUGCUGUUUAAUGACCGAGGAUCGGAGCUGGCUGCCAAGGACUUUGAUAUCAAAGACGGCCUGUUGCCUGUUGUCAGUGUUGGGAUGAACCAGGUGGGGAGGCUAAACUUGGGCUGCCAAGUAGACACUCUUCGGUACUUCACUGUGUGUGGCCUGCAGGAGGGCUAUCAGCCAUUUGCUGUAAACAUGGCCAGAGACCCAGCCCUGUGGAUGAGUUGGAGACAGCCUCAGUUUACCUCCAUAAUGCCAGAUGAUCACAAAUUACAGGCCUCUGUGCGACCCAGGGUUGCUUGUAGCGGCGGGUUAAUUGACAACAAUAAUCCCGAAAACCUUGUUCAAAUGUUAUUCAAGGUCACAAGAGUCUGUGGCUCAACGGAUUCAAUAUCCAGCCUGAGGGUAUCUCAGCGGUUGUUGGCACACCAUGUUGGAGGCAGCGACAUGUGCUUUUUCCGGCUCAGCAUGCCCAUCCAAUGUGCUGCCAUCCUCAGUAGCCCUGUGGGGGGUGUGUUGCCAGUGGCCUCCAACUCUCUUUCUCCAGGUUCGGAUGAUACUACAUCAUAUCAUUUCAUACACAGAAGGAAGGAGCAGGAGGCGAUGGACUUUGACUUUGAAGUGCUGAGGAAGUCAGCCCACAACUUUGCUGGCUCAAGAGAUGAGCUCAACCAUAAGGAUCAUAGUUCAGAUAAAACGUCAAGACUGAAACAACGGUUCAUGAUGAAGCGGACUAAACCGGGUCUUACUAGCAGCAACUCAUCUGCAAGACUUCUAGAAGAUGUCGUAGUUGACAAGGAUAACCACCUAAUCCAGGGCUCCAGAUAUCAUUACUCAGUGAGGGUUCUUCCAGGCCAGGAGCCAUUCAAUGUGUGGGUAGGCUGGGUGACCUCUGACUUUCAUCAACAUGACAUGACUUUUGACACAGAGAACGUUCACACUGUGACUGUCACCCUCGGAGAUGAAAGUGGUAAAGUUCAAGAAAGUGUGAAGCGGUGCAACUGUUACAUGGUGUGUGCUGGAGAGGCAACAGGUUUGUCUCAGAGCCGGAGAAGUUCAGGGCUAGAAAUUGGCUGCUUAAUUGACAUAGCCACUGGGCUGCUCACCUUCACGUCCAGUGGAGUGGAGAUGGCCAACUACUACCAAGUCGAAGCCAGUACAAAGCUGUUUCCUGCUGUUUUUGUGAAGCCUACAACCAGCAACAUGUUUCAGUUUGAAGUGGGAAGCAUUAAGAAUGUGAUGCCACUGUCAGCAGGCUUGCUUCGCAGCCAAAGAAGGAAUGCCACUCCUCAGUGUCCUCCAAGGUUUCAAGUCCAGUAUCUCAGUGAGUUUUCGUGGACCAGAGUACCAGACUGUGCAUUAAAGGUGACAGCGGAUCGGCCAGAUGAGCGCCAUGGAUGGAGAGUCCAGUGCUCUGAGCCCUUGCUAGUCAUGACCCUUCAGAUCCCUGAUGAAAACAGGUGUGUUGACAUUUUGGAGCUGUCGGAACUUGAUGACCUCAUGACUUUUCAUCACCGCACUCUCCUCCUCUACUGCUCUUUAUGCGCCCUUGGAAACACCAGAGUUUGCCAUGCCCUUUGCAGUCACGUAGACCAGUCCCAGCUCCUUCAUGCCAUUCAGAAUCCCCACCUCCCUGGCCCACUCCGCUCUGCAUUUUACCAGCUGCUUAUUCAGGUUCACCUCAGCAGCCUUGCCACUGCAUUUCUCAUGAUGAACCACGAAUAUAUUGUGCCUAUGACUGAUCAGACCAGAGAAAUCACCCUGUUUCCCAGCCCUUCUAAUGAUGUAAAUGGGGGCAAUGGUAUUCCCAGCACUAGCCUUAGCACAUCCCUUAAACCACGGAUGUAUUUCUCAUCUCCUUGUUUUGUCAGGAGUGAUGGGAUAGAAGGAGACUCUGCAGUUGAAACAGCCAGCACUGACAGCCCAGAAAUCCCUCUGGACAUAUUGAAGAACCUGACUGUGGAGAUGCUGACAACUGGAGUAAGGGCUGUGAGUCAGGGUGUGAGAGAUCCUGUAGGAGGCAGCAUUGAGUUGCUGCUGGUUCCUCUAAUUAGGCUGUUCUACAACCUGCUGGUUAUGGGGGUAUUUAGGGAUGAAGACCUCGGAAAAGUUCUGAGCCUGAUAGAGCCGGGAGUCUUCGCUACAGAUCCCGAAACCCCAGAAGAAGAGGCUAGUGAUGAUGAAAAAGAAUGGAAAGGAGGAAAAAAAGUAGAUGACACCCCGAAACAGGGACUUCUUCAAAUUAAGCUUCCAGAAGCAGUCAAACUUGAGCUCUGCCAUCUGCUGUCCUACCUGUGUGAUUGUCAGAUGCGCCACAGGGUCGAAGCUGUGGCAGCCUUCUCUGACAACUUUGUGCAUCAGCUGCAGGAGAACCAACGCUUCCGCUACAACCAAGUCAUGCAAGCACUCAACAUGUCAGCCGCUCUUACUGCCCGCAAAACGAAGGAGUUCCGCUCACCUCCACAGGAGCAGAUCAACAUGCUGCUGAACUUCAAAGAGGAUGACCUGAACUGUCCAUGUCCAAUAGAAAUCCAACAGCUUCUUCAAGACUUCCAUCAUCUCAUCAGCAAACACUGUGGAAUUGAAUUGGACAGUGACACAGAGGAUGAAGAGGAUGCUGAGAUGUCUGUAAAAGGUCGACUUCUCAGUCUUGUGGUGAGAGUCAUCGGACUGAAGAAGAAACCAACAGAAGAGGAGGUGGGCCGACCUCAGAGUGCCAAGUCCCUCAAACAGCUGAUCUCUGAGACGAUGGUACACUGGGCUCAAGAGACUGAAAUAAAGGACCCUGAACUGGUCCGAGCCAUCUUCUCAUUGCUGCACCGCCAGUAUCAGGGCCUUGGGGGCCAAAUGGCUGGAGCUCUCUGCCGAGCCUAUACAAUCAGCCAGGCUUCAGUAGAGGACACCAUGGCUCUCCUGUCCUCCCUGAGCCAAAUCCGGUCCCUCCUUAGUGUACACAUGGGGAAAGAAGAGGAGAGGCUGAUGAUCCGAAAACUAGGAGACAUCAUGAAUAACAAGGUUUUCUACCAGCACCCCAACCUAAUGAGGGCACUGGGGAUGCAUGAGACCGUGAUGGAGGUGAUGGUCAAUGUUCUAGGAGAAGGGGAAUCAAAGGAGAUUUCCUUUCCCAAGAUGGUGGCCAGCUGCUGUCGAUUCCUGUGUUAUUUUUGCCGCAUCAGCCGUCACAAUCAGGGAGCCCUGUUUGACCACCUCAGCUACCUGCUGGAAAACAGCAGUGUUGGGCUGGCCUCACCGUCCAUGCGUGGGGCCACUCCUCUGGAUGUGGCAGCAGCCUCAGUCAUGGAUAAUAACGAGCUGGCCCUAGCGCUGAGGGAACCUGACCUGGAAAAGGUGGUGCAGUAUCUUGCUGGCUGUGGUCUUCAGAGCUGUGCUAUGCUGGUGGCUAAAGGAUACCCUGACAUUGGUUGGAACCCCGUGGAGGGCGAGCGUUACCUGGAUUUUCUACGUUUUGCUGUCUUCUGUAAUGGUGAGAGUGUAGAGGAGAAUGCUUAUGUGGUGUUGAGACUGCUGAUUCGUCGGCCCGAGUGCUUUGGCCCUGCCCUGCGUGGUGAUGGAGGAAAUGGUCUCCUCUCAGCCAUGGAGGAAGCAAUCAGGAUUUCAGAUGACCCAUCAAUGGAUGGACCUUGUAUCAAAUACCAGUCCAACAGAACACUAGAUGUUGUCCAGGACAAUGAUGAUGACCUCAUUCACAUGGGGCACGCCAUCAUGACCUUCUACUCAGCCCUUAUCGACCUGCUGGGCCGCUGUGCUCCAGAGAUGCAUUUGAUUCUAGGAGGCAAAGGAGAAGCUAUCCGCAUCAGAGCCAUUCUGAGGUCACUCAUCCCCAUUCAGGAUCUUGAAGGAGUCAUCAGCAUCUCUUUUCAAAUCCCCUCAGUGUCUGAAGAUGGUCUGCUGGUCGAGCCCGACCUAUGCACAGUGUUCUGCCCUGACCACAAGGCAGCUAUGGUUCUUUUCUUGGACAGGGUUUAUGGCAUCGAGAGCCAGAGCUUUCUUCUCCACCUGCUGGAAGUGGGCUUUCUACCUGACCUUCAGGCAGCUGUCUCUCUCGACACUGCCGACUUAGGAUCCACUGAUAUGGCCCUCGCCCUCAACAGAUACUUGUGUACAACUGUGCUUCCCCUCCUCACCAAAUGUUCAGCUCUCUUCUGUGCUUUGGAAGAUCAUGCGUCGCUGGUGGAUUCUCUCAUCCAGGCAGUCUACAGCCUCUCAAGAGCUCUAAGCUUAACAAAAGCUCAGAGAGACACUAUUGAAGAUUGCUUGUUGGCUGUAUGCAGUAAACUCCAACCGUCUAUGAUGCAGCCUCUUCUUCGACGUCUUGUCUUCGAUGUUCCCUAUCUCACGGAGAACAGCAAGAUGCCACUAAAGCUCUUGACCAGUCACUAUGAGGAGAGGUGGAAGUACUACUCAUUAACUGGAGGGCAGGGUGACCAGGGUUCGGCCUCUGAAGAGGAGCUCCACCUGUCUAGAAAGUUGUUCUGGGGUGUGUUUAAUGCCUUGGCAACAAAGUCUUAUGAGCCUCAGUUAUUUAAGCUCCCAGUCCAGUGCCUGGCUGCAGUGGCCAAGGCCCUGCCUCCUGACCACAUAGACUCAAGCUGCCUGUCCAAUGUGGACAAAAAAGCCUCCAUGGACACAGAAGGACACUUUGACCCACAGCCUGUCGACACCUUGAAUGUAUCAGUGCCAGAGAGACUGGAGUUUGUUGUAAACAAGUAUGCAGAGCAUACUCAUGAGAAGUGGUCACUGGACAAGUUUGCCAAUGGCUGGGUUCAUGGGGAACAGCUCUGUGAGAACACCAAGGUUCACCCUCGCCUCAAGCCUUACAGGGCCCUGGCUGAGAAGGAGAAGGAGGCAUACCGCUGGGCCAUUAAAGAGACAAUUAAGAGUAUGCUGGCCUUUGGAUGGACCAUAGAGAGGACUAAAGAAGGAGACGCAUCUGGCACACAUACCUGUACACGCAGAGUCUCUCAGUCUGGACAGCUGUCUUUUGAAGGAGCAUCAACGUUCAGCCCCAAACCUAUGGAUAUGAGCAGCAUCACCUUAUCAUGGGACCAAUGUGGCAUGGCUGAACAGUUGGCUGAAAACUACCAUAACGCCUGGGCUAAGAAGAAGAAAUUAGAACUUCAGAGUAAAGGAGGGGGUGGCCAUUCAGUUCUUGUACCCUAUGAUACUCUGACUGCGAAGGAGAAGACCAAAUUCAGAGAGAGGGCCCAAGAUAUACUUAAGUUUCUUCAGCUCAAUGGCUACACUGUGUGGAGGGAUCGGAAGACAGUUGAGAUGGACUUUCCAGCCGUGGCAAACAGCUUUGGAUACACUUUCCUUCAGCGGCUGCUGUCUCACACUGAGGAUGCCCAAGAGCACAUGCUGGAGCUGGAGGUGAUGCAAGCCAGAGGACAGAUGUCUAAAGGAGAGAGAGCUCCACACCAGCAACUGCUACAUUUUUUCCCCAAGGUUAUCCUUCCUCUUUUGGAACAAUAUCUGAAGAGCCACCGGCUGUAUUUCCUGUCUGCUUCACUCAGCUCAGGUGGUAAUAGAAGCCAUGCCUCAAAAAAGGAAAAGGAGAUGAUUGCAAGCCUCUUUUGUAAGCUUGCAGCUCUUGUAAGACACAGGACCUCACUGUUUGGAAAUGACGCCUCCUUAGUUGCGAGCUGCCUCCAUGUUUUGGCUCAGGCUCUGGAUGCAAGGACCUUGAUGAAGUCAGCCCCAGAGUCUAUCCAAGCAUCCCUGCAUUCGUUCUUUGAGGCAGCUGCAGCUGAUCUGGAGAUGACUGUGGAGAACCUGUCUGUGACCUUGGUUUGUCUACCUCAGAGUAGAAGUCAACAGGCCAGAGGAGUGGCCAAAGUUCUCAGCUACACAACCUCCAUUCUUCUUCCCACUCUUACAUUCCUCUUCCAGCAUGUUGGCAUGCAAAACUAUGGAGUGGACCUCCUGGUGGGGAGUAUCCAGGUCUCCUGUUAUAGGAUCCUCAACAGCCUCUACUCUCUUGGCACCAGCAGCAGCAUCUACAUGGAUGGACAGAGGCCAGCAGCAGGCGCUUGUCUGGCAGCCUUGACUGGGACAUUUCCUGUAUGUUUCCUGGAGCCGGCCCUAAACCAAAACAACCCAUACUCCAUCUACAACACAAUGACUGCCUCUGAGAGGGAAGACCUGGGGCUGCCAGACCAGGUGGAGGACAUGUGUCCCCUCCUGCCUUCUCUGGAACAGGCUCUAGGGGAAGUGGAGGAGUUGGCUGGUGCUGGCGCUGGAGCUCGCCAGACCCACUACGUCCAUGUGACAGAGGUCACCUUGCCCGUGCUGUGCAGCUACAUCUCCCUUUGGUGGUGCUGGGGCCCUGAGGGCCAUCCGGAGAACCCAAUCUGCACUUCUGUCAUUCCUCAGCAUGCAAGUGACCUACUUGGCCACAUCCUCCGGAUCAUCCACAACCAUGUGGGCACAAGCCAGAGUGACUGGAUGAAGCAGAUGGCAGUUUUUUCUCAGCCAAUCAUAUGUAAAGCUUGCUCUGAGCUGUUAAAGAGCCACUACCUGCCACUGAUGGAGAAGUUGAGAAAGAGGGCAGAAUGUGUGCUGCUUGAGGAGGAGCAGAUGAAAGCGGAAGUAUGUGAUACCUCCGAAGCAGAGUUGCAGAUACAGGAGAAGUUCACUGUGCUUGUGCGAGACAUCUAUGCCUUCUAUCCCCUCCUCAUCCCAUUUGUGGAUUCUAAUCGAGCCAGCUGGCUGAAAGAGUUGAACCAUGAUGCCGAGCAGCUGUUCAGCAUGGUGGCAGAGGUCUUUAUUUUCUGGGCCAAAUCUCAUAAUUUCAAAUGGGAGGAACAGAACUACGUAGUCCAAAAUGAAAUCAACACCUUGGCAUUCAUGGUCAACGAUGACAAAAUGUCCAAGUUCCACCAUGAGAAGAGGAGGAUGAAGAGGAAGGGGGAUCGUUAUUCCACACAUACCUCUCUCAUUGUGGCCUCCAUGAAGAGACUGCUCCCUGUGGGCCUCAGGGUUUGUCUUCCAAGUGACCAGGGCCUUAUCACAAUGGCAAAGAAUGGCUUCACUCAGAAGAAAACUGAAGAUGAAAUUCGAGAGCAUGUUUUCAGUUGCCUUUUCCAUCUUCAGAGUCAGGCGUCAAACUGCUCAAGGCAGGAGACAUUUUAUUCAGAACAUCUGAGCCAACAAGGGGCCAUCACUGAUGCCCAAAGGACUGUAGACAGGAUUUUGGAAAUAGCUCGAGUCCAGUAUUACCUAGAUCAGGUGGAACACCCGCAGAGAAGUAAAAAACCUGCGUGGCACAAGGUCUUAUCCAAACAGAGAAAACGAGCAGUGGUUGCCUGCCUAAGGAUGGCUCCCCUCUACAACUUACCCAGACACAGGGCUGUCAACCUGUUCCUCCAAGGCUACAAUAAAUCCUGGAUAUCAGCUGAAGACCACAGCUUUGAGGAGAAGCUUGUGGAGGAUUUAGCUAAGGGAGGAGUGAUGAAGCUUUGUGAAGGCGACAGAGAGGAAGAAAAGGAGGUGAAAGACGGUGCCAAGCCAAUCGAUCCCCUCCUACAACUCAUUACACUCUUCAGUCGAAGCGCCCUGACAGAAAGGAGUAAGCUUAUAAAUGAUGGUCUCUAUCAGUCCUACGCUGCUAUUAUGGCCAAGAGCUGCCACAGAGAGGCUGACGAUGAUAAAGAACAGGAGGUGGAAAGUUUUGAAGAGAAGGAAAUGGAAAAGCAGAAGCUGCUGUACCAGCAGGCCAGGCUGCAUUGUCGUGGAGCUUCUGAGAUGGUGCUGCAAACCAUCAGUGCCAGCAAAGGGGACAUAAGCACCAUGAUUGCUCCUACAUUGAAGCUGGGUAUCGCUGUUCUCAGUGGAGGGAAUGCAGCUGUUCAACAGAAAAUGCUGGAUUAUUUGAGAGAGAAGCGGGAUGUUGGCUUUUUUCAGAGCAUGGCGGGAAUCAUGCUGUCUUGUAGUGUUCUAGAUCUGAAUGCAUUUGAGAGGCAGAACAAAGCAGAAGGAUUAGGCAUGGCCAUGGACGAGAGCUCAGUCUUGAAUAGUAUCUACAGCUGUCUCCUCUCACUUCAUUGUGGCCUGAUGUUUCCGUUGUCUUACCACUCUAAAUUCUUCAUACAUUCUCUCACUCAUUCUGUCAUACCGCUGCUCCAGUACGUUCUAUUCUUUGCCCUUCAUCCUUGUAUUCCUUGCCCUUUCCUGCCUAUCUUUCUCUCAGGAGAGAAGGUGAUGCCUGACAAAGAUAUAACCUGUGACCUGUUCCGAUUUCUACAGCUGCUCUGUGAAGGACACAACUCAGUGUUCCAGAAUUACUUGAGAACACAGACAGGCAACAACACCACUGUCAACAUCAUAAUAUCCACUGUGGAUUAUUUACUGAGAGUACAGGAGUCCAUCAGUGACUUCUACUGGUACUACUCAGGGAAGAAUGUGAUUGAUGCACACGGCCAACAAAACUUCUCUAAGGCCAUAGAAGUGGCCAAACAGGUCUUCAACACGCUCACUGAGUACAUACAGGGACCGUGUACUGGAAACCAGCAGAGUCUGGCUCACAGUCGUCUGUGGGACGCCGUUGUUGGAUUCCUCCAUGUCUUUGCCCACAUGCAGAUGAAGCUCUCUCAGGAUUCAAGGCAAAUUGAGCUUCUGAAAGAGCUCAUGGACUUACAAAAGGACAUGGUUGUUUUCUUGCUUUCCAUGUUAGAAGGUAAUGUUGUUAAUGGAACUAUUGGGAAGCAGAUGGUGGAUAUGUUGGUGGAAUCAUCAGGAAAUGUGGAGAUGAUGCUCAAGUUUUUUGACAUGUUCCUCAAACUCAAAGACCUCACCUCCUCGGAUACCUUUAGAGAGUACGACCCUGAUCAGAAGGGCUGCAUCUUGAGGAAGGACUUCCAGAAAGCUAUGGAGAAUUGCAAGUGCUUCUCCCAAGCUGAAACUCACUUCCUCCUUUCCUGCGCAGAGACUGACGAUAGUGAAAUUGUGGAUUAUGAGGCGUUUGUGGAUCGCUUCCAUGAGCCAGCCAAAGAUAUCGGCUUCAGCAUUGCUGUUCUCCUGACCAAUUUGUCAGAACACAUGCCCAACGAUUCAAGACUGAAGACAUUCUUGGAGCUGGCAGAUUGUGUCUUGACUUACUUCAAGCCCCAUUUAGGACGUAUUGAGAUCCUUGGCAGCGGGAAGCGCAUUGAACGUGUCUACUUUGAGAUCAGUGAGUCCAGCCGCACACAAUGGGAAAAGCCUCAGGUCAAAGAAUCCAAGAGGCAGUUUGUUUUUGACGUGGUCAACGAGGGUGGAGAGAAAGAGAAAAUGGAGAUGUUUGUUAAUUUCUGCGAGGACACCAUCUUUGAGAUGCAGCUUGCGGCCCAGAUAUCUGGCUCUGACACCGGAGAGAGGCAUGCUGAAAAAGGAGAAGGGGAAAAGAGUGAAGAAGAGCUGGACAAAAAAGAGAUGUUUUUCUUAUAUAAUUGGCUGAUAAUGCUGACAUCUCUGCUUUCUCUCAAAAACUUGAAGACACUGAUGAAGAUGACCCUGAAGGAUAUCCUCAUGUCAGCUGUUUUCCUUCUCAGAUUGAUUUUUAUGGCUCAGGUUCGAUUUAUUUCUGCUGUAAUUCGCAGCAUCUUAUACGUUCUGUACAUAGCCUUUGUGAACGGUGGGCUUAUUGAGGGAGCCAAACGGACGAGGAUAUCUGACUUGCUGGGUGGGAUCCUCGAGCCAACUCUUGAUGAGGUCAUGGGGGUGCCAAGUGGUGUGGAUCGGCUGAGGAAGUACUCUGCCAGUUUGUCUUCCCAGAGAGAAUUGAGGGAGAUUGGGCAGGUGGCAGCUACGACCUCCCCCAAGGAGGUGGAUGUAUUGUCGGACAUCUUUGGCCUGAAAGUGAGGAAGGAUGGAAGUCAAUACAGACUUAUGACCCAGGACCUCACUGCCAGCCUGUCUGACCUGUUCCACACAACUUCGAGAAGAAUUUCUACAGCUAGUUUUUCUGAGACGCAACUUAAGGCCCACACAGCAACAGAGGAAAAAACAGAGAAAACGUCUGAUGUAAAAGGGACUGAAUCUGAGUGGAAAUAUGAGAAAGAGAGAUCAGAGCCAGAAUGGAAAGCCAAGAGACGCUCUAAUAAGUCAGAGGAACCAGAGAGCCAACAGUCAGCCCUCUGGGAGAUGAUAAGCACUUAUAACAAGAGUCUCCUGAAUUUCUUUGCAAGGAAUUUUUAUAAUAUGCGUUUGCUGGCUCUGUUUGUUGCCUUCGCAAUCAACUUCAUCCUGCUCUUCUACAAGGUAUCUUCUUCACCUGCAUCACAAGAAGAGGAAGGAGUGAUCUCGUCUCUUCACAGAGAGGAGCUGGACUCUGCUGCCGAGGAUGACAACGAGGGCACAGUUUAUUUUGUGCUGGAGGAGAGCAGUGGAUACAUGGAGCCAGCACUUCAUUUCCUGGCUGUAGCUCACACAAUCAUCUCCUUCUUUUGUAUUAUUGGUUAUUACUGCCUCAAGGUACCACUGGUGAUCUUCAAACGUGAGAAGGAAGUGGCACGACGGCUCGAGUUUGAUGGGCUUUAUGUGACAGAGCAGCCCCCUGAGGAGGACAUCAAAGGGCAAUGGGACCGACUGGUCAUUAACACACCAUCUUUUCCAAGUAAUUACUGGGAUAAAUUUGUGAAGAGGAAGGUGAUGGAUAAGUACGGUGACUUUUACGGCUGUGAGAAGAUCAGUGAACUCCUGGGUCUGGACCAAGCUGCUUUAGACUUCAGCUCUGAGAGAACAGAAAGGAAGAGGCUCAAGAGAGACGGUGCCUGGAGUGCUUUAUUCAACUCCAUUGACAUGAAGUACCAGGUCUGGAAACUAGGAGUUGUAUUCACUGACAAUUCCUUCUUGUACUUGGCGUGGUAUAUGGCCAUGUCAGUCCUGGGUCAUUAUAACAACUUUUUCUUCGCUGCCCACCUUUUGGACAUCGCCAUGGGCUUUAAGACACUUCGCACCAUCCUUUCCUCUGUCACACACAACGGGAAACAGUUGGCCCUGACUGUAGGCCUGUUGGCGGUUGUUGUGUAUCUCUACACUGUCGUGGCCUUCAACUUCUUCAGGAAGUUCUACAACAAGAGUGACGACAAGGACACCCAAGACAUGAAGUGCAAUGACAUGCUUACUUGCUACAUGUUCCACAUGUAUGUAGGAGUGCGUGCAGGCGGGGGCAUUGGUGACGAGAUUGAGGACCCUGCUGGAGAUGAGUUUGAGGUGGAACGCAUUUUCUUUGACAUCACGUUUUUCUUCUUUGUCAUCGUCAUCCUCCUCGCCAUUAUUCAGGGCUUGAUAAUUGAUGCCUUUGGGGAGCUGCGUGACCAGCAGGAGCAGGUGAAAGAGGAUAUGGAGACCAAAUGUUUCAUAUGUGGAAUAGGAAGUGAGUAUUUCGAUAAAGUCCCUCAUGGGUUUGAGACUCACACGCUGCAGGAGCACAACCUGGCCAACUAUCUAUUCUUUCUGAUGUACCUGAUUAACAAGGAUGAAACAGAACACACAGGGCAGGAAUCUUAUGUGUGGAAAAUGUACCAGGAGCGCUCCUGGGAAUUCUUUCCUGUCGGAGACUGUUUCCGUAAGCAAUACGAGGAUCAACUAGGAUGAAAGGAAAUCUGAGCGAUCUAAAGCCUCCCAAGAUUAUGUCAUCACACAGAAGCCAUCAUGAUUGAUGCCCGUGGACUCACUUUAUUACUUUGAAUUUUUGUUGAUUGUUGAUUUUGGAGUGAUUUUCCCUCUGAAUACACAUAUAUUGAUGAGUAUUUCCAAAUUGUGACAAUUAAAUUAUUUGGAAACUAAA